AUGGUUCAAGAACCACUAAAAGAUGAAGACAUGGAAGUUACUGACUUUCCUGCUCUAGAAAGUUCAAAUAGAAAUCCACUAGAGACAGCCCAACCAGAACUAAGUAUCAGACCAAACUAUCCCAAAACCACAUACCAAAGACUGAAAAAUUAUCUUGAACAAAAAGACAACGAAGAAUACGAAACAACCACUAAUGAAAACGUACAAAAGAAAGACUUGGAGCGAGAAGAUACAGUGAUUAUAGUAAAGAAUUACUUGAACCAUGAAGAAGUCAGAACUGGACAUCUUUCACAUAGGAAAGCAGAGGCGAAAUACAAUAUUCCGAGGAGAACAAUUUAUAAUGAAAGGAAAACACCUCAAGCUGAUUGGAAAACAACCUGUGUUUAA